UAGGUGUUGUUUGUCGCUCUUGCCUAUCUGGUUGCCAACGGGUGCCUUCCAUGUUUAUUUACAACCAUCCACCCCUUCUCUCCCUCUCCAACUUUCCACCCAAAAACAACGGUUCGAGCAGUUGCGGGCACACUGGGAAUUCUCUCAGCGUCUCAACGACAGUUCGUCCGGCAUGGCCGGCCGUAAGGACAAACACGCCGGACAACAGGCUCCCAAACCCGGUGAACCCCACGCAGGAGGUAGCAACAUACGCAGAAAACUAAGCUAUGGCUUCUCAUUGAUCUCCAAUUCCUUGGGCCAGCGCAAGGUCACGGCGGGCAGGGGUCCUCGCAGCGGUGAAGAGCAGCACAGCGCGUCCCUUCACCAGAAUAUCGACAGGCAAGGCGACGACUCUCGAAGCCUGUUAUCUCCUCCUUUUGUUUCCUCCUCCCAACCGUUGCUUGGGAGUCUUUCACCAAACAAACGCGUCAACAGUCAAGUCACUGACCCGGAAUUGACCCCCAAACCACUUCCACGGUCGCGCACAGUGAGCCACAUACCGCGGCCUCCAGUGAGCGAUUCUGCAGCUUUCACCUCUAAAAUGUCCUCGACCGAGCCCGACCGCCAUAGCUCUUCCAGAGACUCGUCUGUACGUGUUUCGGCGACGAAGAUCCCAACUCCAAGCCCACCUCCAGGGAAUCCUCGCCGACUCGCGAGCCCCCGCCAGUGUACAUCGGCCCAGCACACCGUACAACAAGAGAAGCACAUCGCUGCUGGGGCCGCAUUUGCCGGUCUGUCAGCUAAGCCCGCUCUGUCGACCACAUCCAGGUCAUAUACCACGCCGAAUCUCCGGAAGACCUCGAUACCAGUGGGACAGUCUUUCAUGAUGCCUCGGAAAUCUGCUAUGAAAGCUAGAUUUGUUGCGCCUUCUGCAAUACAACACCCAAGUAACCCCAUGUCAAUAUUAAAAGAGAACACUCCUACAACUCAAACCGAGAGAGGAUCUGCAUCACAGAGACCAAUCAAUAAAUCGAUACGAGAGGGCUUUGUAUCGCAAAAGAAACAGUCUCCGAGACGGUCCCCCAGUUCAAACAACAGCCCUGGCCAUAAAGGCAAGCAAGCUGCUACUACUACGGCAUCAUCUAGCCCCGCGAAACGAUCAAACACCGUAGGAGGUACGCCGGCAACAGUGAAGCGUGUUCCAGGUAGUACACAGCCGGCACAAUCUUCUAUCGCAUAUCGAACCUCCAAUGCAAACCGUAUUACACAGCCUCGACUUCUGGGUCCAGUCAAUCCGCCAACCCCAACUCCGACCGAGUCGACAAGUUUGUCAUCCUUCCCCCGGUCGAGCACGGAUAGUGGUUACUCGAGGAGGACGCUUCACUCUCGCAUGAAUUCAACAUUCGUAUCUAGGGGUCUGGUUGGUAGUAGAGGCGAGGUGAGAAUUCCUCGUUCUUCUACAUUCCACCAUUUUCCUAGACAUGAGACUCCUCCUCCCAUGCCUCCCAUUCCGGAAAAAUAUAAGACUCCUCCAAAAAGUGUUGUUGACAAGGUUGACUUGCCGCACGACUACACUGUAACGGAAACAUUGGACAAUACUUCAAAGGCGCUUCCACAGACGCCACAAAAGGCCUCGGGGGAGCUCAUAAAACGUGAGGAUUCUUCGACUUUCAUUACAGAUCCUGACUCGAGUGUAAUAGAGUCCACUGAUGAGGAUCUGAUGACGCUUCUGGCACAGAAGGAGGCGCGUACCGGUUCAGCAUUUGUGACCCCUCCACGACCCUUCAGUCCAAAUAAUGACGGCGGCUCAUUUGCUAACAUAACCGCAUCGUUACAGGUUAAAGAAUAUAUGCCAGCGGUCUGGUGGGCUGGACGCUUUCAGACAAGGCUCGAUCAAUGGCGAACUGACGCUAUGAGAGCGUCCAUGGAGCCUGACUUUCAACCCGAAGGCUUGCUAGGUGGGUACAAGUUGGACGAGGAGAGAAUGGCCGCAUGCUACAUCUUUCUGCAGCUUCGAGACCUUUGUGCUACCAAAGAAGCGGCGGAUAGUCUAUGGGAGUUUGAGUACAAGUACCGCCAGGAGAAUAAACUGCUAGGGACGAUGAUCAAAUUUCCUGCCGCUCCAAGCCAUAAGCAGCCGGAGACGGAGGCAUCCAAGCAGGGACAGGGACCUAUUGGUCGAGCUAUGCGGAAGAUGACUCCACGCAACAGCAGCUUUGUCAGCUUGUUGAAGGGGAAAGGCCGGAAUGCAGGAGAAGAGACGAACCCUGAUUGUUUCGUUGGGCGCUCCUGAACAAAACCUAUCAUGAAGCCUGUCUCGUCUAGGUAACAGAUACCGUCCUCUACGAUUCCGUACUUCGCGACUGUAUUCGUAUUUCGCACGGGCUCAAACCACGCUCGGAUAUGCAAAGUGUCUGAUUCAUGAGAUAAACUCGAGAAAGACGGUUUCCAAGAUGUCACGCUUACAGGUGAAAUGCUUCCGGGCA